UACUUUUGACUUCAGGGAUUCCUCAGAGCUGUAAGACUUGUGACCAUGUUGAGGACUCCACACACUGGCUUCAGAUUGAACCCUUGACUUCCACUGUCCAGGGAGUGACAAUGUUCAGGCACAGGACACCCAAAGGGAGUUAUGAGUGCACAGUGUCUGGGCUCCGCUGGCUAUGUGAGAGAGAUGUCAUUCUGAAGUAUCACUUCAGGAACUGGGAACCCUACAGUCAACUUCUGAAAGACAUGCAGUACACACAAGGUGGUCCAUUGCUGGACAUCACUAUGGAGUUAGGUGAACUGGAGGAAGUUCAUCUGCCACACUUUGUCUGUUUAGGGACCAACCCUUCCUUGAGGAAUGAGAUGAAGAUUCUUCAUGUAGAGGAACAUGGAGUGUCUUUAGAGGAAGUGCAUGAGGUCACCAGAUUCCAUGCUAAGAUUCUCCAUCCCAAAUUCUCUGCUUUCUCUGUUAUACUGAGAUUACUGUCUUGGAAAGUAGAUGUCCACUGUGAGCUGAUGCUCUAUCUGACAGUGAUGAAGGAAUCACUAAUUCCACGCCUAUACCUGUUCCCCAGUAACCCCGGCCAAAUACAGGCUGUGGACCAACAGGAAUCAAAGUUUCAAGGGACUAAAAGGUUUCCCAACACAAGACCAGAGCAGUCCUUCAAACUGAAUAGUUCCUUCAGACUGAACAUUCCCUGUUCUACCGCCAUCAAUCCACAGAGGAUUCAUCUCAUACAUAGAGACACCACACCAAGCUUUUUCAGGGCGGUUGUGAAAAUGACAGGGAUUGACAUUGAGAUGGAGUUAUUCAGUGAUGAUGAGAGGACAGUAUGGAAAGAAAUUGUAUUACGAGAUGAAUACUAUCAGAACCAAGGUGUUGUGUUGGGAGCAGGGUGUCCGGCUGAGAGCAGUUUGACUGGUUCUCCAGAGCAGCAGCUGCGUUCUGUACGGACAGAGUUUGUGAAACGAGUGUCAAGACCUGUCCUGAAUGAACUGCUGGACGGACUCCUGCAACAAACAGUCAUCAACCAGGAGGAAAUGGAGUCAGUGAAGGUGAUAGCUGAGAGGGCAGAGAAGGCACGUGACAUCAUCGACAUGGUGUUGAGAAAAGGAAAUGAGUCAUGUUCCAGGAUGAUCAACCUUCUUGGGGAGCUGGACCCCUGUCUUUGUUCACUGCUUCAGACCAACAGUUGUAGUCAACCCCUGGGUGUGGGGAGACCAGGCAGAAUAGACAGGCAGGAUGGUUCAACAUGUUCUUGCUGUCUGUUGCUUUAAUUCAGAGUCACAAAAAUGUACAGAAAAUGUCAAUCAAACAUGACCACUAUAAUAGCAAUAAACUUACUGAAGGACCAACCACACAGCAUCUCUCCUUCUGCGGCCUCCUGGAAGUGUGGAUCUUCUAGCAGGAGUGUCAGUCAGUCCUACACUUGGUACCUAGCUGGACCCCUAUCUAGCAGGAGGGUCAGUCAGUCCUACACACAUUCUACAGAAAUGUAUUUUAAAUUAUAUAUUGUACAGUGUGUGCCUGUUAGAGGUUCAUGAGAGAGACUGAAUAUCAACACAACCAUCUCAGUGUAUCAGCAGCUUUCUCAGUGAGAGCCUCACGUCUGGAACACAUUGACCAUUGAAAGACAUAAGGAGCUGUUGUCACGUCCUGACCAGAAAAGGGGUUAUUUGUUAUUGUAGUUUGGUCAGGACGUGGCAGGGGGUGUUUGUUUUAUGUGGUUUGGGGUUUGUUGGGAUAUGUUCUUAUGUAAGAGUGGUGUUUGUUUUAUGUGUUCCGGGGUUUUUGGGUAUUGUUCAGGUUUUGUAUUUCUAUGAUUUUCUAGGUUGUGUAUUUCUUUGUUGGCCUGGUAUGGCUCUCAAUCAGGAACAGCUGUACAUCGUUGUUGCUGAUUGGGAGUCAUACUUAGGUAGCCUUUUUUUCACCUGUGGUUUGUGGGAAGUUGUUUUUGCAUUGCUGUGUGUUUAGCCUGCAAGACUGUUUGUCGCUCAUUCGUUUUCUUGUUUUGUUACGUGUCUCAAUAAAAGUAAAUAUGAGCCUUGGUCUACUCCAUAUGAUGACCGUUACAGCUGUGUAACCUGUCACUCCUUUACCAAUGACUGGAGAGUGUCUGAAGGACAUAUAAGGAGCUGUGUAACCUGUCACUCCUUUACCAAUGACUGGAGAGUGUCUGAAGGACAUAUAAGGAGCUGUGUAACCUGUCACUCCUUUACCAAUGACUGGAGAGUGUCUGAAGGACAUAUAAGGAGCUGUGUAACCUGUCACUCCUUUACCAAUGACUGGAGAGUGUCUGAAGGACAUAUAAGGAGCUGUGUAACCUGUCACUCCUUUACCAAUGACUGGAGAGUGUCUGAAGGACAUAUAAGGAGCUGUGUAACCUGUCACUCCUUUACCAAUGACUUGAGAGUGUCUGAAGGACAUAUAAGGAGCUGUGUAACCUGUCACUCCUUUACCAAUGACUUGAGAGUGUCUGAAGGACAUAUAAGGAGCUGUGUAACCUGUCACUCCUUUACCAAUGACUUGAGAGUGGCUGAAGGACAAUCAGCCCCCAUUUAUACACAUGUUUUACUCAAUGUUUUGUUUGUUGUAAUGUUGAAUUUUUUUUUUUUAAUGUUUAUCUACCUGCCCAGGGACUACAGUUGAAAACUAGCUAGCUGGUUAAAUCUGGCACAUUUACAGAAAUGUUGAUUGAUGUGCAGAAUCCCUGUCAAAUACAUGUAAUAUAUUCUGUGUGUGUAUAUCUGUGUCUGUGUGUGUAUUUCUAUGUAUGUCAGUAGGUCUCUGAUUACUGUGAUUAGUUCAAUGUAACAUCAUAUACUAUACAUUAUAAUCAGUCUGUUUUAGGUUCUGCAGAAUCAUUGUAUAUCAUUGGUUACCCAUCCUAUCAUGUUACCACACAGAUGUGACUGUCUAGCUCAGCAGUUCCCAACAUUUCCCAUUCUGGAGACCAUCAAAUCACCGUCAAAAGCUCUUGAGGACCACCAUUCACAGAGUCGCUGAUAUUUUUCCACAUCAAAUAUAUUGCCGGUCAAAUUCUGUCAAUACAUGUGAAUGUAACAAGGCCUGUAAAGGUCUAUUAUUAUCAUAAACUAUUUGCAUUGUGAAUGCAUUUGCAUUCUACAAUAAAAUUCUGGUUCAAACCUCCAAAUAUA